AUGGCAUACUUAGAUGCUCCUCCUCUUUCUUCUCCUGUUUCGCCUUCAGCCAACGUCGCCGAUGUCGCUAGGGUUGUCAAACGCCGCCACCUGUUGUGCAUCCAUCGUGGGGAAAUCGGAAGGCCGACGACUUUAAGGAGCUGUGGUGGUUCGGGGUUGGACUGCUACCUCUCUUCUCCAUGUCUUUGUUCUAACGCAUCGUUCCGAGAUGACGAAGCGGCUCCUAUCGUCGCUAAUGCCAAUCUAGGCACUGUUAUUACCGGCUGUUGCACCACUAUCGCUGCCACUUACCUUACGUAG